CUAAACCCAACCCAAACACAAAAGGCAUCUGAUUUUCAAGAAAAUAUCUUGAUUUUUAUGGAGUUGGGCUGCUGGUGAAAAUAUGUCUGAUAGAUGCCAAAAUGCAGCUGGCAGAGCAGUGUGGUCUAAUUUUCAAAUGGAGGGAUUUUAGCAUUUUGAAUUUUUGAUGAUGCUAAAUGGAAAUACCCAUCAGGGGGUUCUCCUGAGACUGCUCUGGCUGGGAAGAUACUUUCCUCAGCUUUAGUGACCCAUCCCUCCAUACCCUGUGCCGGGGGCCCUAUGAGUGCCCCUGAGCUCUGCCCCAGGCUGUGAUCUCCAGCACACAGUGCUGUGCUCCUGGGGACGUCAGUGAGGAACAGAGGAUCUCCUCAGAGAAGUCUGUUAGUACUUGGUUUGUUCAUUGAUUGAUUUUUAAAGGCUGGUUUUGUGUUUCCAGAAUCACAUCUGAUCCAGUAUUGAAAUGGUUUCUCCUGUAGAGAGCAGUGCUUGCAAACUUUAAAUCCCAGAGUUCAUGGCUCUGCAAGAAAUGGAGACAUUUGGGCCUAAUAUGAACAGCUGAAACUUCUUUGGAGUAUGCUGAGAAUAUAAAUAUAGUUUUUUCUAGAUGUACUGUUUGGCUGCUUACCCACGUGGGGCUGCAACUUAUAAAUGAGUUUUAUGUGGAUGUGAUGGGCCUUCUUGAUGCAUGCACUCAGGGGAGGUUCAGGUUGGAUACUGGGAGAAAUUUCUUCCCCAAAGUGUGGUGAUGCAGUGGCACAGCUGCCCAGAGAGGGGGGGAGUCCCCAACCCUGGAGGUGUUCCAGAGCUGUGGGGAUGUGGCACUGGGGGAUGUGGUCAGUGGGCACAUUGGGUUGGGGUUGGACUCAGUCAUCUUGGGAGUCUUUUCCAACCUUAACGAUGCUGUGAUUUCAUGCAGGUAUUGUCCCCAGCUGAAGCUGCAUCGCAGCACGCACCCUGCUUUCACUGCAUUCUGUGAAGAUCUUUGGCUUUGAUUCAGCCACCAGAUCCAGUUUGUUCCCUCUAGGAUAGGGAUUCCUCACUUACGCAAUAGCAAUAUCCUGCUUUAAUAGGCAACGUCCUGUUGGGCCAAGCAGCUGCCCAAAGGAAUGCCUAUCUGCAGCUCGUGGGGUGGUACCUGCCCAAAGAGGCUGCAGGCUUUGGGCAAGGCUGCAUCCCUGGUGCUCACAGCCAGCUGCUCUGCCUGUGGCUGAAAGGAAGAGUUUGCUGCUCAGGCUGGCUAGAACUGUGGUGCAGUGAGGGCCAGCUCUGCAUGCAUGGUUCAUCUCCUUCACCUUUUUAAAAUGAAGUCUCACAUAAAAAGGCAGGAGGUGUACUCCACUCCACAUCACUUGACUUUGCUUCCCUGCAACAAAGCAAUAUGGAUUUGGUUGGUUUGUUCCUCUCAGGAUCACGUGUGGCAUCCCUUUAGCCCUCAUUCUUCUCAACAAGUCUGGUUUCUCCCCAGAAAAACACUUCCAGGUCAAUGGCUAAGGAGAAAUUGUAUCUGUUAGCAGCAAUUCCGGAGUCAGAAAAUGGAAGGUGAAGAAUGACCGUUUGUUGAUUUUUGCUAACAUCAAUGUUAGCCAUUUGCUGCUGUCACUUAGGGAGGGAUGGGAGUGACAGCUGCUAGAUGUCUGUCCUGGUUACGUUUGCUGGGAGGAUGACCCCGGGGUUCUAAUUCUUUGCAUCAGAAUGCAUAGAUCAGUUGCAGGAAGCAGGGGAAACAUUUCCUAGAAGUUGUUUAAGAAGUUAUUCAUUCACGUGGUUCUACUGAUAAGGGCACAACUGUUAACCCUUGGGAAAGGCACAGCUUAUUUGUGUGGGGUUUUUUUUUAAUGUAUUUGUUCUGCAGUCUGUUUCUCAUCCUCAGUGAAAAUGGCUGUUCCACCUGCUUAUGCUGAUCUGGGCAAGUCUGCCAGAGAUGUGUUCACCAAAGGAUAUGGUUUUGGGUUAAUAAAACUUGAUUUGAAAACAAAAUCUGAGAAUGGACUGGAAUUUACAAGCUCAGGUUCAGCAAACUCAGAAACAAGCAAAGUCAGUGGUAGCUUGGAAACCAAAUACAGAUGGGUGGAAUAUGGGCUGAUGUUCACGGAGAAGUGGAACACUGACAACACACUGGGAACUGAGAUCACUCUUGAAGACCAGCUUGCACGUGGCCUGAAGCUGACUUUUGACUCCUCCUUCUCACCUAACACUGGGAAAAAGAGUGCUAAAAUUAAGACAGGAUACAAAAGGGAGCACAUCAACAUGGGCUGCGACAUGGAUUUUGAUAUCGCCGGUCCUUCGAUACGUGGAGCCCUGGUGCUUGGCUACGAGGGCUGGUUGGCAGGUUACCAAAUGACUUUUGAGACAGCAAAGUCUAGAGUAACCCAGAGCAAUUUUGCUGUCGGCUAUAAGACUGAUGAGUUCCAGCUUCACACUAACGUGAAUGAUGGAACAGAAUUUGGAGGCUCCAUUUACCAGAAGGUGAAUGAGAAACUGGAAACUGCUGUGAAUCUUGCUUGGACAGCUGGUAACAGCAACACUCGCUUCGGAAUAGCAGCCAAGUAUCAGAUUGACCCAGAUGCCUCUUUUUCUGCUAAAGUGAACAACUCCAGUCUGAUUGGACUGGGAUACACUCAGACUUUAAAGCCAGGUAUCAAGCUGACAUUGUCAGCUUUGUUGGAUGGCAAGAAUGUCAAUGCAGGUGGUCACAAGCUUGGUCUAGGAUUGGAAUUUGAAGCAUAAAAAGAGAUUUUACAAUGGUUAAUUUGAAAAUACAGCAUAGCUACCUUCAGAAUAUAGUGUACCUUUCAAUGUCGUAUGUCUGGGAUGCAAGUAAUGCUAAGUAUCAGUCCUGCUAGUCCUGGUUAAAGACAGCUAAGCUUUAAAGUGAUGUUUCAGAAAUGGAGACAAAAAGCAUUCUAAAAAAUCCGAAUUCCAGGUGUUAAUUUUUUUCUGUUUUGGAAUGUUAUUGCCCAUCUUAUCUGUCAGCUGCCACAUGAUAGCAAAUAGGAAGGUAUCAUUACCUUUACUAACAUAUUGACUGCACAAGGAAUAUGUUAGCGUGAUGCAAGACCCGUUAUGUCAGGAAUUGCAGACCACUGUUGUCCUGUUAAAUCUUUAUGCAAAAUGUUGACACUUGAGGCCUCAAUUCACUGUGGAAUGUGCAAACUUGCCUGAAAAAAGGGAUUAUAUUUUUGUUCCGAUGGAUGUUUCACAAAUGGUUUGUCUCAUUUGGUUCUUUUACACCUACAGCUGUCUCCAGAACGCUUUAGGUUGUCUACUUUGUGUAACUGUUGCCGAGAAGGUUUGAUGUGACUCAGCCAAUACUACUUGUCCUGUGCUGUGGUUCCUUUCCCUUGCACUGACUGGAAAGCUUGUAAGACAGGGCCGUAAUCAGGGAAGAGUGUUUGUAACUGCAAUCACAUAGUUGCAUCACGAAAUUUAAAAUGGACUUUUGUUUUAUUACCACUUUUUUUUAGCAACUAAAUGGGUACAUUUUUAGAGUCUUCCAUUUUGUGUGGAAAUAGACCCCAAAGUGCUGUACCUGACACUACUAAAACUGGAUAAAAAAAAUCAAACCCAACUUGAAUAAAAUAUUGAAAUAUCA